UGAGCUACUAGUACUAAGCUACACCACGGGGUUUAAUUUGUGAAAUCCGAAACUAGGGAGACUAAAUCCGAAUAGAUAUAGAUAGCCUAAGGGAUUCGGGGCUGCAACAAAAUCACUCCCACUCACUGCGAAGCUCGACUAUGGCGGCGACGUCGCUGGUUCUGACGUGCGCAUCCCCUCUAUUCAGCAGCCCUCGGGUUAUUUCUGCUACGAAGAAGCUGACUACAGAGUUGUCGAUUUCUACAGCUAAAUUCCGAAGAAGAUGCUCGGGAAACAAUGAUGAAGUGCUUCUAGAAGGAAUGCCACCGGAGUAUUACGAUGAUGAAUGGCAAGCUCGACAGAGAGAGAAGACCAAAGAACUGCGGCGGAUGCAGCGGGAGGAAGAAGAAGAAGAGGAGAGAAAGAUUGAAGAAUACCGUGAAAUUGGCACGAGGUUGAAGGAAUUUCCCGAGCAAGACUUAAGGAAAGCCAGAAAGCUCGUCUCCAGCUUCAUCAGAGCUGCCGAGGAAGUCGAAGAGAGAAUUGAAGAAGCAGCCGAGAAAGGAGAACUUGACGAGCUUGUCCUCAUGAUCAUAUGGAACCGGCUUGACCUUGCUAGGCGCGAUGAUGAGAAGGACGCCAUCAGAAGUCUUGAUCUUUUGUAUAGAAGAGUCGAGACAGAGAUCUUAAAACGGCAAGCAAGUCCUGCAAUGAAACUGCUGAAUGAUCUUCUAAAUAUGCAUGAUGGCUUUGAAGACGAUGCUUGGCUCAAGGACUGCAGAAAACGAAUGGCUGAGACCUUCCCCCGAGAAGACCCCUUCAGCAUUCUAAUGCCACCGGGAUUCGACAUUGAUAUGCAUCAAGGACAGUUGCGACCGCCCAUUGAGACUGAGACAGACAACACCCUUCUGAGAGUAGACUUUGUAAGAGAAGUGGAUGCACUGCUACAGGAAGUGAGGAUAGAGGAAGACGCUACAACUGGUAGCAAAGGAGAAGGGCUUGAUCCUGAAGCUAUAGCACUUAAGUUUAAGCAACAGGAGAAGCAACGAACCAUCCGCCAAAUUGAAGCCAUUCUUGAUUUAGCCCUCAACUUGAAGUGGUAGGCAGUUAACUAGAAUAUCAAUCUAUACGCCAUAAUAAUUUUUUUAAGAUAGACCCUAGAGUUAGAUUGAUUCAGGCGUUUUUGUUUAGAAAUGAAUGGAGUCUAAAUAAUAGGUUUUGGCUAAAAAUUCCAAAUCCAAAUGUUGCUGACUAUCUCUCUGCUCAUAGUCUCCACCACAAUCAUCUCUUCCUCUUUC